AUGGUCGAGUUCGUCAAGGCUGUGCAGUACGUGGUGUCUGACGAGUCUUCCGGCGUCCCGUCACUCAAAGAAAGGUGGUGUUAUAGCACAAGGUUGCACUACUACCAUCUUUCCAAAGCAGUAAGCCUUCUUUGCUGCCUGAACGCUACCGUAUACUUCUUCCAAGACUCCGCCUUCUGGGACCUUCCCGCCAAAUACCUCGAGGAUGAAGACAUUUUGGCCCUCCAUGCUCUUAAACUCACUGACAUGGCAAUCGUCAUGUUGUGGCUGUUACUUAUUGUCGAGCGAGAACGUCGCCUUAAGCCGGGGAGGUCCGUCAAUUGUGCUAGGCAAAAUCAAGCACAAUUGCAAGGCCCGAACGGUAACCCCAAGACUAUAAGGCCGCCAUCAUGA